AUGCUCCAGCCGCAGAGGAUAGAGCUGCCCAGCUACUUGAACACGCCUGCGCGGCGGCCGGAUGGCGAGCCCCUGCUUCCGGAGGAGCGGACGGCGGCCAUGAGAAAGAUGAAAGACUUCGAGAUGUUGACCUUUGCGUGCCGAAGGGCCUCCAAGUUGCGGGAGGAGGGCCGUGCGCACUUUUCGCUCGGCGUCCUCCGCGAUAACCUCGGGCAGUACCGGAAGGCGAUCGACGCCUACACGCAGUUCCUGCGCGUUUGCAAGGAGUGCAAUGACAGCCAGGGCGGUGCCCUUGGCUACCACUGCAUUGGGGUGGACUACCAGCUUCUGGGCAGCGGUGCCCACAAAGGUGAAGCAGCUACAGAAGGCGAGAACGCCAACCAGAGCCCAGCGCCUCGUUCACCCGCGCUGGCGUCACUGGGGCCUCCGCCUACACCAGUCACCAUCAGGCCUGAUCUGCUUCGCAAGGCGAUCUACUACCACAACAGGCACCGAGAAAACUCGGACAGCAUUGGCAAGUUCGUCGCGCAUUUGAACAUGGGGCUGGCGUACGCAAACCUCGGCGAGAGGGAGGCUUCCACAGUGAACCAUCAGUAUGCUCUGCGCUACGCACUGCAGUUGCACAGCUUGGAGGGGCAGAGCCUAGCGAUCGGCAGUUUAAGCUUCAGCGCUGGCAUCUACGACUCUGACCCGGAGAAGAUGAAAGUCCUGGUCGAGCGCUACGUGGACCUUUGUGGAACACUGAAGCAGACCAAGAACCAGGCUGCCGCGUUGAAGAAGCUCGGCAUCCUGGCCAGCCAGCAAGGCCAGAGCGAGCAGAGCAUCGACUAUUUCACCCAGGCCAUAGAAGCAGCACGUGCCGAGGGCGACCAUGAGGCUGAGAAAGAUUGCUCGGUUCGUUUGGGCAUUGCGGCGGGCCAGGCGAAAAUGGCUGAUCAUCUCAGCUCAAUCUUGCAGAAGUCGAUGCUUGGGGUGGAUGGGUGA